UUAAACUAAAUAUGACUCGCUAUCCAUUACACAUCUGUUUGAUUAUAUUUUGUGCAUAUUUAUUAUGCGUCCAAGCGGAAAACUGUGGGCAAAAUGAAUCUUUUGAUGAAUGCGGAAGAACUUGUGAACCUAGUUGCAAUUAUCGACGACCAGCUUGUGAUGUAGUGUGCGAAGGUGAAGGUGGCUGUAGAUGCAAUCGCGGAACAUAUAGAAACUCUGACACCGAUUCAUGUGUGCCAGCAAGUGAGUGCCCGAAAAAUUAA